AGGCUCGGCAAAGCUGAGGACGGAGCUCCAGCCCAGCUGCAUCCAUCCUUCCUUCCCUGUGUAGGUGUCCUUGCACUGUAGGUGUGUGUGUGUGUGUGUGUUUGUGUGUGUGAGAGAGAGAGAAGGUGGAGGGAAUCGGCUCGCCCUCAAGGGGAGCACCAUGACAUGCUCCUCCUGCUUGCCUUCCCAGCCUCUGAGGUCCGAGAGGGGGAAAAAAAACGCAUAGACACGCAUCUUGGAUCCAAGCUCUCACCCAGCCGAGCCUGAUGUAGCAGAGAGGACACACAUGCCGUGGAUUUAUUUGCGGGGGAUUGAAUGGCAGGGUAUGUGAAAGUGGAGAGUGCACAGUAGCAGCCAGUUCCCCGCUGCAGCACGGACGGUAUCUCCUUCAUUUCCCCAACGCGUGCGGGUCAGUUUCCUUCGCUCGGACUUGUCACUUUCAAUACCGACGGGCCAACUUCGGAAAUGUUCAGAAUAGAAGCGGUCCAGUAUCUUCCUGGUCCGGAUUCCUGGACCACGAACUGACAAGCUACCUGUGCAUUCCUUUGAUUUCGCUGUCCCUCGGACUGUGUGUUAUUGUUUCACCGGUUUGAACAACCUCAGUUUGACCGGCGGAGAAUGCCGUUGUGCGAGAGACAAAUCUCCGCCGCGGGCUUUUACCACCUGUAGAUAAAACCCACCGGUUGGAAUUGUUUGGUUUGAGUUCGUUGACUGCGAUUUUCUGGUUAACGGACACCGACAUCAGGAAGAUGGGGAGAUUUCCGAAUUGAGAAGUGUGUGCCCAAAGCCAAAGAUUUUAACAGACCCGCGAUUUUCAUCAGUUGGUGUGCACCCCUUCCUUGAAACUCCGAAUAUUAUCAACUGCAAAAAACUGACAGAUUGCCACCCAGGCUGCCAGUAAAACGCAGGCUUUACUCCGUGUGCCCGCACUGCUGGUUUGAUGGCUUCCCUUCGCAGAGUGAAAGGGCUGCUGAUUCUCAAUCUUGUGGCUGUGGUCGGCUUCUUGCUGUUCCUGGCGAGGUGCAGGGUCCCUCUCAAGGGGCGGGAUUUGGUACACGCGGCGCAGACCAGAGCCGAGUCCAACAACCUGACAUCCCGAGGAUCGCCUCCCAUCCAACAGGCAGUGCUGAAGAGACUCUCGCUGCUGGAGGACAUCGUCUACCGCCAACUUAAUGGCUUGUCAAAAUCACUUGGGCUCAUUGAAGGCUUUGGUGGACGAGGGCAGGGAGGAUUGCCUGCUACUCUCACUUCUGAAGAAGAAAGAGAAGCUGCAGGAGCAUAUGAAAAGUAUGGAUACAAUACUUAUCUGAGUAACAAGAUUUCACUGGAUCGAUCCAUCCCUGACUAUCGACCGAAUAGAUGCAAAGAAUUGAGCUACCCCAAGAACCUGCCACAGAUUUCCCUCAUUUUCAUCUUUGUGAAUGAAGCUCUGUCCGUCAUCCUCCGCUCUGUGCAUAGUGCAGUGAAUCACACGCCAGCCCAUCUACUGAAAGAGAUUAUCCUUGUGGAUGACAACAGCGAUGAUGAAGAACUAAAGGCCCCAUUGGAAGAAUAUGUCCACAAGCGCUACCCUGGUCUAGUGAAGGUGGUGAGGAAUGAAAAACGUGAAGGCCUGAUCCGAGCCCGUGUCCAGGGAUGGAAAGCUGCAACAGCAUUAAUCACAGGGUUCUUUGAUGCUCAUGUGGAGUUUAGUGCAGGGUGGGUUGAGCCAGUCCUGACCAGAAUUAAAGAUGACAGAAAGCGAAUUAUUCUUCCCUCCAUUGACAACAUCAAGCACAAAACCUUUGAGGUCCAGCGUUAUGAGAACUGUGCCCAUGGUUACACCUGGGAGCUCUGGUGCAUGUACAUUAGCCCUCCCAAAGAAUGGUGGGAUACAGCAGACCCUACGUUGCCAAUCAGGACUCCUGCCAUGAUUGGAUGCUCAUUUGUGGUGAAUAGAUUGUUUUUUGGUGAAAUUGGCCUGUUGGAUCCUGGAAUGGAUGUUUAUGGCGGAGAAAACAUUGAACUGGGGAUUAAGGUCUGGCUGUGUGGUGGAAGUAUGGAAGUGCUCCCUUGCUCUAGGGUGGCUCACAUAGAGCGCAUGAAAAAACCGUACAACAAUGACAUUGGGUUCUACACAAAGAGAAAUUCACUCCGGGUAGCUGAAGUAUGGAUGGAUGAUUACAAAUCCCAUGUCUAUAUUGCAUGGAAUAUCCCCAUGGAUAAUCCAGGGAUCGAUAUUGGUGAUAUUUCUGAAAGAGUAGCAUUGAGAAAGCAUCUCAAGUGCAAGAAUUUCCAGUGGUAUCUGGACAAUGUGUAUCCUGAGAUGAGAAGAUAUAAUAAUACAGUGGCCUAUGGUGAGGUUCAUAACAACAAAGCAAAAGAUUUUUGCUUAGAUCAGGGUCCACCCGAAAAUCACACAGCUAUAUUGUAUCCAUGUCAUGGGAUGUCUCCUCAGCUUGUGAGAUAUACGACGGAUAGAUACCUGUACCUCGGAUCCCUGGGGUCUACUGUGCUGCUGCCAGAUACACGCUGCCUGGUGGACAAUAAGAAAAGCCGAUUUCCUCAGCUUCUAGAUUGUGAAAAAGUGAAAAAUGUCUACCAGAAGUCCUGGCGUUUUGUGCAGAAUGGAUCAAUCCUAAACCUGGAAACUGGCCGUUGUUUGGAGGUGGAAAAUAGCAAAAAAACUGACUUUGGAAUGGAGCUGAUUUUACAGCAAUGCUCAGGACAAAAAUGGACAAUUAAAAAUGUCUUAAAGCAAACAAUCUAGUCAUGAACCAGGAUGAUCCAAAGGAAGCUGGAUUUCUUUGGACUGCAAUAGACUAGUAACUUUAAAAUAUUGUUGUUAUAGACUUGGAUAUGGGAACAGCCUCAAGUCUCCAACAUCAUUCGGGUAAUUAUUGCAAAUCCAAAAUGGAUUAUGUCUUCAGGCCAGGAUUUUUAUUUUAUUUUUAUUUUGUGAUUUUAAAAAAAGAUACAAUUUUAUUGAACGUUAUAUAUUAUCAAGUGAUAAAGGUCAGUUCGAAAAAAUCUGUACAAUAAAUUAAAAUAUUCUGUGUUUAAAAAUUGAAAGAACACACUGUAAGGUGCUUUGGUCAAAGCUAACCAUUGAUAUAUGGAGCUAAAUGAAACAAGCACUGCUAUUACUUCUCGACAAUCAUUUGCCGUUUUUGUUUCAUUUUGGGUUUCAUGCUGAUUCUCAGCCUUUGAAGGUUGUGUGCUCUGAGCUUGACCGUUGUCAUCCCGAUGUGCAUGAAUCCAUAAGUGCUAAACUGCCUUCGCAUUGACGCUAUUUAGUCAUCAAGUACUCGUACAAUAUACAUCAAGUAGAAAUGCCAUAAGGAGUAUUGAAUGGAAAUACAGCAUUGAUGCAUUACAAGUUGAUCUGUACUUGGGGUUACAAUACUUUGCUGGAUCAAUGCAAGGGUGGAGAGUCCUGCACUGUAUCCGGCUGUGCUAAACCUGCUCUCAAAUUUCUCAAUGUUUUACAGUACCACUAUUUCUCACCUUGAUAAACACAUAUGGACUUAAAACCAAACAAAUAAUAAAACCUGUCAAAUUUCAUCAUUGGAUACCAUGGAUCCUCUUAUUACUAGAAUCACUUUGCAAAGGGGAAAAAGGUAAGGAUGGAAAAAUAAAUAGAGUUGAAAUGGAAUCCUGUGUGGUAUAGAUCAGAAGGGACAUUGCAUACAAUAGGAUGGACUAAGUCAGCAGCAAACUAGGGCUUGAUACAAAUUUCUAAAUAGCAUUGUCAGGCAUUUCCUUGUAUCAAUAUUGCAUUUACUGUCUGUGUGUUGUAAAAGUGAAAUAAA